AAAAAAAUCGAGGUCCGCGCCGUUCGGCAGCAGGAGGCGCGCUGCGCGUUAGCUGGAUCAAAACAAAACGAAGUUUGAAGAGAGGACGGGGAAGUGUAUGGUUGCCGCGUCAGCAGAAGAUAACACGCGGCGCGCUAUCGAACGCGGCAGCCUCACCGUCGUAGAGAGAACGCUGGAGGAAACGAAGAAGGAGUUGGUCGAAAGUAAGAGAAUUGUGCAAGAAAGCCAGGCUAAACCUCGCUGCCGCCGCCGCCGUGUCUGCGUGGCUUCACCGCCCGGCUGCUGCUCGGGUGUGUCAUGAGGCAUGUGUUGUUGAGUGGGACCGCGCAAAGGUGUUUUGUGGUGUCCCACAGCAGGGCACAUCAGAGCACACACACGAGCGGCGCCCUCGCGCGUGCGCGUCAGGUGUUUUUAGGGGACUUUCGGACCGUUCCGUGCAAUUUCAUUGGUCAGUCGAUUUUCCAUCAGGAAGAUCCGAGGUCACUUUUUCAAUUUUUUUCCUACAGGAAAUUUGCUGCUUUGACAC